AUGGUAACCUGUUACUGGAUUAUACUUAUCUACUUGGGUUCUAAGUUUUCCAUUCUAGGAGCAGAAAAAUGCCCUUAUGUUACCCAAAUCUGUGGAAAUAUAACCCUUCCAUACCCUUUCAGAAUUUCAGGAAGCAAAUGUGGCAUGCCUAACUUUGAAAUCCAUUGCAGGAAGAAUCUAAGUUUUGGAACUACACGACCCAUUCCAUUUCUUCCAACACUUUAUGGGGAACUGCAGAUUUUGAAUGCCUCAGACAAUCACAUCCUUAUUAGCUCUGCUUCACUCUUUAGCUCAGAUUGCAGAAACGAUUCAUCCAAAACUUUUGGACUUCCUGCUGGAAGCCCUUUCAGAGUUUCUGCAAAUAACACUUACGUUACUGUUGGUUGCAGAACAACGGGUAUGCUUGUAUUGGGUGAUUAUCCUGAUGGGCAAUGGGGGGGAUGCGUUUCAAUGUGUGAUAAUUCUCCUUCUCUCUCCUACUGUACUGGAAAUGGCUGCUGCCGUACUUCCAUACCUUCAAAUAUCAGCCAUUAUAGUUUAGGUGUAGAGCCUCUUAUUGCGCCUCUCAUUAAUGCCAGUUAUAACUCAGUCUGUGGGUAUUCUGCUAUAGUUGACCCGCUUAGCUGGGAUAUGUUUCCUCAGUCAAAUGUCUUCACCUUCGAUUAUAAGAAGUAUUGGAUGCUCUUAGAUUGGGCUAUUGCAGGAGAUUCAUGCAGCACAGCUAAACCUAAAAGUUCAUACCAGUGUGAUCUCAAUGCCCAAUGCAGGGAUUUAGAAUGGGGUUAUCUGUGCAGUUGUAAGAGUGGUUUCUUGGGAGAUGGGUAUGCCAAUGGCACUGGAUGUACAGAUAUCGAUGAAUGCUCAGAUCCUGGUUUCAAGGACUGUUUUCGUGGAGGAGGAAGAUGUGAAAAUACAGAGGGCUCAUAUCAGUGUUACUACGCCUACAGUAGCGGCAAUGGCACUUGGAAUGGCGCCCGUUCUCUUUCUCUAGUACAAGAUUUGUUUCUUCAUAUAGGAUCUGGAGUAAUAUUGGCUUGUCUGCUAGGUUGGGCUGCUGUGGUACUAAACAACGAGAGAAGAAAAUCAUGGCUUGACAAACAGAACAACUUUCAACGAAACGGAGGACCUCAUUUGCAGAGAUUAAUCUCUUCUCAGGGAAAAUUAGUAAGAAUAUUUUCUCUGGAGGAGAUUAAAAAAGCAACAAAAAACUUCCAUGAAAGUUUGGUUCUGGGAUCCGGAGCCUCUGGUACCAUUUACAAAGGCAUUCUUCCAAGAGAUGGAACCAUUGUAGCGAUCAAGAAGUCCAAAGAUGUGGAUUCAGAAGACAUGGACCAAUUCAUCAAUGAAGUCAUUAUACUGAGCAAGAUAAAUCACAAGAACGUAGUGGUAUUACUUGGGUGCUGCCUGGAAACCAGUGUUCCUCUAUUGGUUUAUGAGUAUGUAUCAAAUGGCACUCUCUUCAGUCAUCUGCACGAAAAAGAUCACCUUUCAUGGCAGAUCCGUCUGCGUAUAGCCAUGGAAACAGCAGAGGCACUGUCAUAUUUACACUCAGCUGCCUCAACACCCAUUGUUCACAGAGAUGUCAAAUCUUCCAACAUUCUGCUAGACAAUGAUUAUACUCCAAAAGUUGGAGACUUUGGAGUGUCUCGUGUGGUGCCCAUAGACAAAACACAUAUUACUACAGUUGUGCAAGGAACUCUGGGUUAUAUGGAUCCUGAAUACUUUCAGACAGUUCAUCUUACAAAGAAAAGUGAUGUUUAUAGCUUUGGGGUUGUUCUGGUGGAGCUUAUAACAGCAUUAAAACCUGUUUCAUUCCAGAGGGAGAAGAACCAAACCAAUUUGGCCAUUUUCUUUCUGUCUACUCUCAAAGCAGACGGUCUGUUUGGCAUCAUGGACUAUCGGCUCCACACAGAGGAUGUUACAACUUUGGAGUCGAUCAAAUUAGUGGGAAAUUUAGCCAAAAGAUGUCUUAGUGUGGAAGGUGAUAAAAGACCAUCAAUGGAUGAGGUGGUUAGAGAGCUGCGGUGGAUUACAAGAGGAAUUGGAGGAUUGGAUGAGACUGAAUGUUCGGUCGCAACUGUGGGAGAGGAAGUUUAGAUUGU